AUGAAGAUAAUCUGUCAUUUUGGGCCGCCGCCGCCGUUUUCGGCCGGCCGCCCGUUGCGGUUUAGCGGCCGCCGUGACCCCGCCCUGUCCGGUUUAGCGCGUCCAGAUCCGGUUUGGUGUGCUGAGCCAUCCCCGAAGAGGAACUGCCGCCGUCCACCGCCCGUCGUUGGACCGCCGCAUCUAUAUAACUAUCGAGUGCGUCGCUCGACGACGACUGCUCCUUCUUCCCUUCGCAACACUGCCCCCCUCCCCCUGUUUUUUCGCCCCCAUGCCGCGGUGAAACGCCAAUCUCCGACCGUCCGCCGAAUUGCCCCGUCGCCUUCAGCCCGUCCGGAAAUUUCUGAUCGUCACACGACCCGACGUGUCCACUCCUCGGCUUGA